AGCUUACAACGCAGUUUAUUUAAUACUGAAUUGGAAGUUUGCAAUAUUCGGAUUGUCCCUAUCUGUUCUUACGUGUAUGUCUAAUCACCGUUGCAUUCUGCAUGGUGUAUGCAGACGAUAUUGUCCUGCUAGGUGAAGGUGCUAACUCAAUGCAAGGCCUUGUGAACGCGCUGAACAGAAAUCUGAGUUUUUGGUUCAGAUGCGUUCCUCUGGCAUCUGUCAAAUGCAAGAACAUUUGUGUUUUAUCGAAAUCAUCUCACCAAUUCAUUAGUUAUUCAAUUAUGGCGAAAAAUACUGGGGAUACAAAAUUCCGAAAAGUUAAUAUUGAUCAAUUGACCGAACCAGCAUUUCAAGAUGAGUCAGUCGAUGACAUGAAACCGUCUAGUCUAAAUCUGUCUGAAAUCAAUGAUUUAAUCGCAAGUGGACGAUCUACUGAGGCUAUCUUAUCCAUACUACAAAAUGCUCCAAUCGCUUCGAAAGAUCAGCAAGUUAAAGACACAGUCUUCAAGUUAAUGAUGCGUUUAUUGUCCCAGUUUAAACCAAAUCAAAAUAUCGAUGAGUUUUUGUCAACUAUGGAUCAAGAGAAAAUUGAUAUACUAAUGAAAUAUAUUUAUCGUGGAUUUGAACAACCUCAAGAGAUCAGUUGUGCAACAUUACUGACAUGGCAUGAAAAGGUAUAUACUUAUGGUAAAGCUGGUUCCAUUGUACGCGUUCUGACAGAUCGCAAACGGGUUUAAAAGGGAUUCUAUGUAUGUAUUUUUGUAUGCUUAUUUACUCCCCACUUUUUUAAAAAUUCAACGACGAAACGAGAUGUCUCACUGUGCUUUCACCAACACUAAACCUUAGUGUUUAGGCUAGUUGGGUUAAUUUCUAAAAGAAGUUUCAUUAACAUGGGAACUACUACCUUUUACUCAUAUGUUUUUUCAAAUUCAUUUUGCUCAGUUAGAUAAUAUACGAAAAUAAACAUAUUCAGCUAAAAGUUGCCUCCUUCCUUUGGUCUAAUUUUUUUCUCUUAUGGAUAUGUUAAAUUGUGACAGUUUGAGGGAAAAAGUUUACACUGAACAAUGCUUGAUUACAAAUUGUUGUAAAUAAAGAAUUUUCAAAUGUUUCACAAUGAUUA